CUCGGCCACCCACCCCUCGUUCGAAGGAAGGGAGACUCUGGAGGCCCUCCCAAAGCUACUUGCUGUUAUACACAUCCUAUUAGUUGUGUCCUGACUCGCGUUCUAGUUGCAAGGCCUCGAGUAAAACACGCGCUUCUCGAUUGUCGUCGUCUUCAGGAGGGAAAUGCAGGCACGAGUCGCGCAAGUGAUCUUUGUCCGCUUGGCCAAACAUCUCUGAUAAUGCCAUAAACCCAGCGCUUCCAUUCGAAAAACGAUGUGAUUUCACCCUAGUCCAGUGUUCGCGUCGGAAGCAUGCAGUGUGUGGCGGCCUUUAUCAGUUUGUUGUGUGUCUUGCGUGCCGCGAACUGUGAUAACAGGACUAAGCGGUUCACCGUCGAGGACCUCCUCUCCACCACCUUCCCGAAGAAGGUCUCCGACGACCAGGACCUGGACCCCUGCAAGGCCGGUGGGUUCAUGGGCGACAUCGCCUUGCCCAUCAAGCCCAAGCCCAAGGACUCGCUGCUCCAGGAGGAAGUGGAGAAGUACAAGCAGGAGGUGCUCGAAGGGCUCCAGAUUGAGGAAGAAGGGCUCACGGACUUCAUCCGGAAGAAGACCAAGCAGCCGGCGCCCAUCCCAACGCCCCGGAGUUACAACGACCCGUUUGAUGAUAUUUCCGGAGUGGCGAAUCCGACGCACAAAAACGGCCAAAUUCUCAAACCCGCCGCCGGAUUUCCGAAUCCGAAAAACGAUACGAAGAUUCGGCAUAAUAAGAGACAUGCGGAGGUCAGACGGAGACGGAAACGGAAUCGGAAAGGGGAUUCAGACGAGACGCCGGUUCAUGAUUUUGAGCCGAAUUUUGAUAUGAAGAGGAAACGGCCACUUUUGAACGAAAAUUCCCACCAUAGGAGAGUGACAAGAGCGGCAACGGCACGGAAAGAAAGAGUCUGGGAUUAUGGGGUCAUUCCCUAUGAAAUUGACGGGAAUUUUAGUGGAGGACAUAAGGCAUUGUUCAAGCAGGCGAUGAGGCAUUGGGAGAAUUUCACAUGUGUCAAGUUUGUGGAAAGGAAUAGGGAUGAGCACCCCAAUUAUAUUGUCUUCACGGAAAGGCCUUGUGGAUGUUGUUCUUUCGUCGGAAAAAGGGGCAACGGAGGCCAAGCAAUCAGCAUUGGAAAAAACUGCGACAAAUUCGGAAUUGUCGUACAUGAACUGGGUCACGUGGUUGGAUUUUGGCAUGAGCACACUAGACCUGACCGGGAUAAACAUGUUAAUAUAAUUCGGGAGAAUAUUAUGAGUGGUCAAGAAUACAAUUUUAAUAAAUUAAACGAUGAAGAAGUGAAUUCUCUGGGCCUAAUUUAUGACUACGAUUCAAUCAUGCAUUAUGCACGAAACACAUUCUCAAAGGGGACUUAUUUAGAUACAAUCCAGCCCAUAGAUGUCCCCAAUAGGAAGCGUCCUGAAAUCGGACAAAGAGUCCGUUUGAGCGAAGGCGAUAUAGCUCAAACGAAUCUUCUUUAUAAGUGUAUUAAAUGUGGGAGGACCUAUCAGGCCAACUCGGCCACCUUCUCCUCCCCCUCCUACCUCAACCACAACGCCCCCGAAGACGGCGAAAAGUGCGAAUGGCGGAUCACAGCAACCCAUGGCGAGAAAAUCGUCUUGAACAUCACCGACCUGGACAUCGAAAAAUCCCCCGACUGUGGAACCGACUACAUCGAAAUCCGCGACGGCUAUUGGCACAAAUCUCCCCUUCUGGGAAAAUUCUGCGGCACCGGAAAACUCGACUCCAUCACGUCGACCGGAAGCCGAAUGCUGAUCAACUACGUGGCGAAAAACCCGAACGGCCAUCGCGGCUUCGUGGCCAACUACGAGGCCAUCUGUGGGGGCGAGCUGUACAUCGACAGUGAGGGCCACUUGGAGUCCCCGAACUACCCCGAGGAGUACCAACCCAACAAAGAGUGCCUCUGGAAGAUCACAGUUCCGGAGAACUACCAAGUGGCUCUCAGGUUUCAGUCGUUCGAAGUCGAGAACCACGAUGGGUGCGUUUACGACUACGUGGAAAUCCGGGACGGGUUUGCGCCGGAUAGUACCAUUCUGGGCGUGCACUGCGGGUACAAGGUCCCAUCGGAUGUCAUCUCGAGCUCCAACCAUCUCCUGGUCAAGUUCGUCUCGGAUGGGUCGGUGCAGAAAGGCGGCUUUUCGGCCACCAUCAUGAAGGAGUACGACGAGUGUGCCAUGAUCGACCAUGGGUGCGCCCAGGAGUGCGUCAACACGCUGGGCAGCUACGAGUGCACCUGCAAGAUCGGCUUCGAGCUGCACUCCGAUGGGAAAAACUGCGAGGACGCUUGUGGCGGACUCCUGGACGCGCCCAAUGGGACUAUCACGUCUCCGUCCUUCCCAGAUUUGUACCCAUUGAACAAGAACUGCGUUUGGGAGAUUGUGUCCUUGCCGCAGUACCGGAUUACUCUAAAUUUUACGCAUUUCGACCUGGAGGGGAAUAAUAUGCACCACGCGCAGCAACAACAGUGCGACUACGACCGGCUGGAAAUCUACAGUAAAUUAGGGGAUGAAAAGAUGAAAAAACACGGAGUUUUUUGCGGGUCGAGGGCCCCUCUUCCCAUCAUUUCAGAGGGAAAUGUGAUGAGAAUUGUCUUCAGUUCGGACGUUAGUGUCCAAAAGACUGGCUUUGCGGCUGUUUUCUUCACAGAUAUGGACGAAUGUGCCAUAAACAACGGCGACUGCCAGCACGAAUGCGUCAACACUGUCGGUUCCUACAAAUGCACCUGCCAUAACGGCUUCACCCUCCACGAAAACGGGCGCGAUUGCAAAGAGGGCGACUGCAAGUACGAAAUCUCCCUCCCUUUCGGAAGCAUCGGAAGUCCAAACUACCCCGACUACUACCCCAGUCGCAAAGACUGCGUCUGGCAGUUCACCACAACCCCCGGCCACCGAAUCCGAAUUUCCUUCCUAUUUUUCGAAGUCGAGCCCCAUCAAGAGUGCUACUACGACCACGUGGACUUCUACGACGGCCCUUCGCCCGAGUCCAGCACUUUGGGAAAGUUCUGCGGCUCGAAGUUACCCCAUCCUAUAGUUUCCUCCGGGAAUGAACUCUAUAUGACGUUCAAAUCUGACGCCUCAGUCCAGAGGAAAGGGUUCUGGGCCACUUAUGCCGCAGUCUGUGGAGGGAUUCUCCAAGCGACGCCCAAGAAAAAACACAUUUAUUCCCAUGCGAAGUUUGGGACGGCUAAUUAUGACAAUAAGGCCGAUUGUGAUUGGACGAUUAAGGCCAUUUCGGGGUAUAAUGUCAGACUGUCGUUUCUGACGUUUGAUUUGGAGGAUGAGAAGGACUGUGGGUAUGAUUAUGUGGAGGUGUUCAGCGGGAUGGACUCGAGUGGGCCCUCCUAUGGCCGAUUUUGCGGCUCAACGAAACCAUUCGAUAUUUUCUCGCCGUACGACGCCCUCUUGGUCCGUUUUCGCUCCGACGACACUUUUGUGAGCAAAGGUUUUAGCAUAGUUUACGAAGCCGUCGAAGAGGCGUUCAGUGGCGAAGACGAAGUGUAGAGUCCAGCAGCAAACUCUUCGAGUUGAUUGUCGUUUGGUCCAGCUUCGAAUAGAGGGCGCGGUGUUCCAACGAAGUGCGAAACUCAAUAAACUCAGAUUUGCUCAAUAUAUGAAUUACUAGGCCGUUUCUAGUAUUUAUUUCAAAUAUUCGUACUUAUACUAGUGAAAUGUCUUCGUAAAUACCUGAUAGGAAGAUAAUUUGUCAUUGUUCGAUUUAUUAUUAAUGGAUAAACACUUAUAAUAAACAGACUGCCGACUUUAGAUUUUAUGUCACGACUCUAUGGAUAUUCAUAUACCGCUCUAUAGCUAGGUUAACGAUAGGAUUUACAAGUUGUUAUCAAAUUCGACGUGCCAUUUUUAAGUUAAGGACGCUGGAAUUGUACAGAUUUUCGUGAGCUCAUGUAUACAUCUCUUGUGUAAGUUAUGAAUAAAUAUUAUGUCGAGUA